UUUUUUUUUUUUUUUUCUUAUACGCAGUGGCUGGGAUCUUUUCUUUUUCUCUUUUCUUCAUUCUUUUCUUUGCUGACAUGACAUCUUUAGCAAGUCUUAUUAGCAAUGUCAAAACCAACACUGCAAAUAAUUCUCUUCUUCAAAAAAACAUGACCAUUAGUCGAAAAAGAGCCAACAAAGAGGAAGUUACUAGUCAAACUAAAAAGCCAAAGUUAUCAACAUCAUCUACUUCAAAUAAUGCAACCACGAAAAAAGCAACCAAGACUAACAAAGAUCCCAAGGUAGUUGUAUUCGAUGGGUCUUCAUUAACCAAACGACCAACUCUAGAAAGCAAGGCUGCCAAGAAAGCAUUCCUGGCUGGAAAAGCAAACAUCAGCGAUCUAAACACAACCACUUCGGAUACUGUGACUAAAGAAGAUGUGGAAGAUGACAUUGAAAACAACAAAAAGGACAAGGAAUUACAAGAAUUAUUAGCCACUUCGAAAUUAUUAGAAGAAUACCAAAUGGAAGAAAUGACUAGUAAGGAAAGGCGGAAACACAUGCUUGGCAAGUUGGAUACCCUGGGAUUGAAGCCUGCAAGUAGCGAAAAACGAUCCUUGUCGAUGUAUAUUGGAAUGGAAAGCAAGAAGAAGGAACGACAACAACAAAAGUUACAAGAAGCCAAGGAUACAGGAUUAUACGACAAAUCAUUAAAACAUUUGUAUGUGUCAACCAAGAAAAAGGAAAGAAAACGAGAUCCUGGUAUCACUAAUGGUAUUGGACGAAUGAAAGGUGCUGUACUCACUAUCAGUAAACAAGAAUUGGGACGUAUUCAAAGGCAAGGAACAAAACCUAGGGCAGGUGGCAAGAAACGAAAGUAGAAGAUCUUUUUUUUUUUUGGUUAUCUUUCCUGCAUACAUUUUCAUAUAUACAUUGUACUUUUUAGCAUUAAACCUAUUUUAUUCAACCAUUUGUCAUCAUUCCCAAUAGUGAAUCAUAGUAUAAUUAUUUUUAUGAAAUAAAACAAGAUGUAUCCGAUAUAUGAAUAUACAUAAAAUAGUUGCACAGUGUCUUUUUUUUU